CGAUGUGGAUCUGACGACGUGGCCCCACAAUCCAAAACUCAAUAGAUCAGUCACAUCACACACAUCACGAUGGCGGCAGCUCCCCUGAAACUCGCCUACCAAGGCGUCCCUGGCGCAUACUCUGAGAAAGCGGUGCACCAACUUCUCGGUGCCAACGCGGCCACGACCACCGGCCACGCCACGUUCGAGAGCGCCGUCGCGUCCGUCCGCAGCGGUGCCGCCGACUACGCGCUAGUCCCUAUCGAAAACACCCUCGGUGGCACCAUCCACGUCAACUACGACCUGAUUUUGCGCUACAAGCUUCACAUUGUCGCGGAAACUCAUCUGCGUGUCAACCACCACUUGCUCGGGCUGCCGGGCUCGUCGAAAGCGGCGAUUAAGACCGUCAUCUCGCACCCGCAAGCGUUGGCCCAAUGCGAUCAAUACAUCCGCAACCUCGGCGCCGUCGCGCGGGACGAAGAAGACACGGCCGGGUCCGCCAAGCUCCUCGCGGCGCACCCCGACUGGACCACCACCGCCGCGAUCGCGAGCGACCUGGCUGCGUCUCUGUACGGCCUCGUCGUCCUCGACAGCAGCAUCGAAGACGAAUCCAACAACUACACGCGCUUCUUGCUCUUGUCCGCGUCGCCUGCGUCCGUCACGGGCACUUCCACCGUCAAGGCCACCAUUGCGUUCGCCUCCGCCGGCGGCGCGUCGUCCUUGCCCCGCGCUCUCGCCACGUUCUCGGCGGUUCAAUUGACCAAGCUUGAAUCCCGUCCGUUUGGCCCCGUCGCCAACCAAUCGUUGAACGCCGGUGUGUCGGGCGACAAGUACAAGUAUGUGUUUUACGCUGACGUCACGGGCACUUCGGCCGCCAUUCUGUCGGCGGUGGCGGCGUUGAAGGCACUGGAAGCCACGGACGCCCUCGUGCUGGGUACGUACCCGGUGGACGGCGCGCUAGCCGACUCGAUCCACGUGCCAACGCCGCCUUCGCCCCCCGCCAAGGGCCUCAACCCCCUCCUCAACAAGCUCGCGCCGUCCAAGACCAAUCAGAUCCACGGCCUCACCAAGCAGCUGGAAGCCCAAGGCCAGACGGUGUACUCGCUGUGCGUCGGUGAGCCCGACUUCAACCCCCACGCGGCGAUUAUCACCAAGGCCCAGCAAGCGCUCGCCGACGGCUUCGUCAAGUACACGGAAGUUCCUGGCAUGAUUGCGCUGCGUCGCGGCAUCGCGCGCUACUUGGAGCGCGCCAAGGGCGUCAAGUACGACGCCGCGUCCGAGAUCCUCGUGUCCAGCGGCGCCAAGCAGAGCGUGUUCCAGGCGCUGCUAGUGUCCUGCACACCCGGCGACAAGGUGCUCAUUCCUGCGCCGUAUUGGGUCAGCUACCCCGACAUGGCCAAGCUGGCCGGCGCCGUGCCCGUGACCCUCCCCACGACGCUGGCCAACUCGUACCUGAUUGAACCGGCGGUGCUGCGCGCGUCGCUGGUCGCCAACCCCACGACCCGCGUGCUCAUCCUGUGCAACCCCAGCAACCCCGCGGGCGUCCUCCACGGCCCCGACCUGCUCGCAGAGAUCGCCCUCGUGCUCCAAGACUUCCCCAACGUGCUCGUCCUAGCCGACGAAAUCUACGAGCAGCUCGUGUUCCAAGACGACGGCACGCCCACACGCCGCCACGUCAGCGUCGCGUCGCUGCCCAACAUGCGCCAUCGUACACUCAUCAUCAACGGAUUCUCUAAGAGCCACGCCAUGACCGGAUUGCGCAUCGGGUACAUGGCCGCGCCCAAGGAAUUCACGGCCGCCGCUUCCAAGAUUCAGAGCCAAAUCACGUCGUGCCCAAGCUCGAUCGGUCAAGUGGCGGCGAUCGCCGCGCUGGAGCUCGAAGAAGCGUCACCGACGCCGUUGAUUGCCGGCACCCUGGCCAACAUGGACGAGAAGCGCAAGUACGUGUGCGGCCGCCUGAAUGCGAUGGCGCAUGUGCAGUACGCGUACCCCACGGGCGCGUUCUACGUGUUCAUUGAGCUUCCGCACUACAUUGGCACGGGCUUCAAAACCCCCGCCGGCGUUGCCAUCGACACGGAUGAGGCGUUCACGACCUACUUGCUCGGGUCGUUCCAUACUGCGAUCGUGCCCGGGUCCGCGUUUGGCAUUGAAAAGGCCGUGCGACUGUCGUAUGCGACAUCGUUGGAGAUCUUGGGCCAUUCCCUUGACGCGUUCGAAAACAGCUUGAAGUCGCUCGUGCGCUAAGUUAAUAAGAAGCUCACUACAUCAAUCAUAUAGUACGUAGUACAUAGUAUUUGUACGUAUGUAGUACAGCCACAAUUACGAGAAUCACAACCGAAUCGUCGGAAUUAUAUAAUCAUCAAUCCAAGGUACAUAGUAGC